AGCGCUGCGAGCCGCGGGAGCGCACGGCCGGCCGGCGAUGCGGCGCGCAGCUCCCGGGCGCCGGAGCCUGUGAGCGGCGGCGCGCCGCCCCGUCGGCUCUCGGGCAGCAGUGAGCGGCGAGCGGCGGGGUGAGCGCGGGCGAGCGGCCGGUGCCGGCGGCGCGGCAGGAUGUGAGCGGGGGCGGCCGAGUGGCGCGGAGCGGAGCAGCGGGGAGCGGCGGGCAGCGGGACGGCGGAGCGGCGCGGAGCAGCCAUGCCCUGCUGAGGAGCCGCGCAGGAUGUUCGGGCUGGAGCAGUUCGAGCCGCAGAACAGCGGCCGGAGCGGCGGGCAGGCGGAGCGGGGCUUCGGCCAGCCCGGACUGAGCAUGAGCGCGCACUUCAAGGCGCCGGCCUUCCCCGGCGGCGGCCCAGCACCGGCGGACCCGGCCCUGGGAGCGCUGGGCGAGCCGCCCCUCUUGGGCAUGAACAUGAGCCUGGCCGGGGACGGCUACGGCUUCCCGGGCCGCGGCCCCGCCGAGCUGCACGGCGGCGGCAUGCAGCCGCCCGUGCACGGCUUCUUCGGCGGACAGCAGCCGCACGGCGGCCCCGGCGGCGCCCCCCACCCGCACCAGCACCCCCCGCACUUCGGCGGCGGCUUCGGGCCCGACCCCGGCGCCUCCUGCGUGCACGGCGGGCGCCUUCUGGGCUACAGCGGUGCGCUGGGCGGGCAGACGGCGUUCGCCGACGGCUACGAGCACAUGGCCGAGGGCCAGGGCGGCGAGGGCUUCGGGCAGCAGCGCCCCGGGACCUUGCCCGAUUUCCAGCACCACGGCGCCGGCGCCGCCAGCCACGCCGUGCCGGCGCCCUGCCUGCCCCUCGACCAGUCCCCCAACCGCGCUGCCUCCUUCCACGGGCUGCCGGCGGCCGGCUCCUCCGAGCCCCACGGCCUGGAGCCGCGGCGGCUGCCGGCGCAGGGCGGCGUGGACUCGCUGGAAUACAAUUACCCUGGCGACGGCCCUGCCAGCCACUUCGAGCUGCCCGUCUUCUCCCCGUCGGAGCCUGAGGGGCAGCUGCCGCACUACGGCGGCGGGCGGCAGGUGCCGGCGGGCGGCAGCUUCGCGGGGGCGCCCGCCCUGCCCCGGGCGCCGGGCAUGGCCGUGGCCAAGGCGCACCCGCCGCAGCAGCACGGCGUCUUCUUCGAGCGCUUCGGGGGGGCGCGGAAGAUGUCGGCCAGUCUGGAGCCGGGGGCCAACGCCAGGCACCCGCUGAUGCAGCAGCAGCAGCAGCAGCCGCCACCACCACCGCAACCACCGCAGCAGCCGCCGGGCUUGCUGGCCAGACAGAACUCCUGCCCGCCAGCCAUCCCUAGGCAACAGCAAACAGAAGCCAACGCUCCCAACUCCAACCUGCAGGACAAUGGGCCCAUAAUGCAGAACCAGCAUGCACAGUUUGAAUACCCUAUUCACAGACUGGAGAACAGGAAUAUGCAUCCCUACACCGACCCCGUGUUUAAUAUGCAGCACCCUCCUCCGCAACAGCCACCAAAUCAAAGACUGCAGCACUUCGAUGCCCCCUACGUGAGCGUCGCCAAGAGGCCGCGGUUUGACUUCCCCAACACUCCUGGCGUCGAGCGCUGCGCCUCCUGGGGCGGCGGCAUGCACGGCCCGGCCAUGGAGAGUCACCUUUCCCCGACGGCCUACCCUGGCCUGCCGGGCGAGUUCACCCCGCCGGCACCUGAGGCCUUCGGGGGCCCAUUGCCACAUGGCGGCCCUGAGCACCCGGCACUGGCGCAGCGCCAGAACGCGGCCCUGGUGAUGAAGCAGAUGGCCUCGCGAAGCCAGCAGCGCCUGCGGCCGCCCAGCCUGCAGCAGCUGGGGCAUCACGGCGAGGUGGGCGCACCCGGCAGCCUGCCCCCACCAGCCUUCGAGCGGGAGGCUGGUGGCGGCCGCAGCUUCGAAGCGCCGGCGCCGCACCUGGCCCCCGACAGCGCCUGGUUCGCAGGGCCGCCGCCGCCUGGGGAGCUGCUGCCGAGGCGCUUGGCAGCGCCCGGGCUGCCAGCCGAGGCAGCCCCCCACGAGCUGGGCCUGCAGCCGGGUGGCCCUGCCGUGCUCUUCCGGCCGGGUGCCGGUGGGCUGGGGCUGCAGGAGCCCUUGCGGAUGGCAGGCGAGGGGCCAGCGCAGGCCCUGCCGUCGCCCGGCGUCCAUCCUCCCUUCACACCCGCGAUGGGUGGCCUCUCGCAGCUGCAGUCACCAGGCAGCGGUGUGGCACUGCCCAGUGCCCCCGCUGAGCGCCGUGGCCCCGCGGACUUCGCCGCCCAGCCUGGCUUCCCCUUUGGGGCGGCGGCGCGGCAGCCGGCGGCCCACGGCGCUGCCCCUGCCCUCAGCGCCUCGCCAGGUGCCUACCCACCGCCCCCGCCCGAGUUUCCCCCGCCACCCCCACCACGGCCCGCUGCCAGCAAGCUGGGUGCCCUCUCGCUGGGCUCCUUCAGCAAGGCGGCCAGCAAGGACAAUGUCUUUGGGCAGAGCUGCCUGGCCGCCCUCUCCACUGCCUGCCAAAACAUGAUCGCGAGCCUGGGCGCUCCCAACCUCAACGUCACCUUCAACAAGAAGAGCCCGGCCGAGGCCAAGCGCAAGCUCAGCCAGGCCGAGCCUGACCCGCCACCUGCUGCCCCGGACUACUUCCCAGCUGGGCCGCCAGUGGGUGGGGGUGGCACGGGCAAGGCAGCGGGCGCUGCCCCGCUGCUGCCUGCGGAGAGCAGCCUCUCGCCCGGCUACGCGCUGGAGCCGGUGGCCGGCGGCGGAGAGGGGAAGGCGGGUGGCGGGCGGGGUCGGGGUCGUCGGAAACGGGACAGUGGGCACGUCAGCCCCGGCACGUUUUUUGAGAAGUUCUCAGCUGCCGAGGGUGGGGGAGCCGGUGUCAGUCCAGGGCAGCCGGCAGUGCCGGUGGCGGCGGGGGCCCCGCCGGGGGCUGCGGGCGCUGAGCGCGGCGGAGGCACCCCUCAUGACAAGCCCCUGACCUCACCGUCCUGGGGCAAGGGCAGUGAACUGUUGCUGGCGGAGCAGCCCGACCUGAUGUCCUCCCUGGACAGCGGCAUCCAGAGCGUGACCAAGUCAGACGGCAGCUCCCCGCACGUGGACUUUCCCGACGAGGUCAGCACCAGCUAUGGCAACGAGGACGAGGUGUCCUCCAGCUCCGACAACGCCACCUCCAAGCCCACCCGUAGCCCGCUGCUGGGUGGUUCGCCCAAGCUGCCCCGUGGGGAGCACGCACUUCUCAACGGACAGAAGCCCCUGGCCCUUGGCCUUCUCAGUACAUCUACCUCGACCCCCGACAGCUACGGGCUCAGCACCACGGCGGGCGCUCACCCUGGCACGCCAAGCAUGGAGCAGGUGCGGACCCCCACAAGCACCUCGGCCCAGGAUGAGAUCCAUCCCCUGGAAAUCCUGCAGGCGCAGAUCCAGCUCCAGCGGCAGCAGUUCAGCAUCUCGGAAGACCAGCCCUUGGGGUUGAAGAGCAAGAAGGGGGAGUGUGCGGGGCAGAAUGGGGACAGCGACCUGGGCAGCUGCUGCUCGGAGGGUGUCAAGGGCACCAUGAGCACCAUCGACCUGGACUCCCUGAUGGCAGAGCACAACUCCACCUGGUACCUGCCUGGAGAGAAGGCCCUGAUGGAGGGGCAGGAGGAGGACAAGCCCAUGGCGCCCUGGGAGAAGCCCAAGCCCCCGAACCCCAGCAAAGAAGCCCACGACCUUCCCCCGAGCAAGACCUCGGCGGCGGCGGCGCAGACGGGCACCCACCUGCAGUGCCUCUCGGUCCACUGCACGGACGACGUGGGCGAGGCGAAGGGCCGGACUGCGGUGCCGACGUGGAGGUCCCUGCACUCGGACAUCUCCAACAGAUUUGGGACUUUUGUGGCUGCCCUGACUUGAACAAAAGAAAUUAUUAUUUUUUUUUUUCUUUUUUUAAUUUCAAAGGGCCGCUACUGCUAGGUGGACUAUUUUUCUAGGUUGGUACCUGCUUAGUGGCAUAUGGACUGGAAAGGGUUAAUUUAAAGUAAACCUCAACUUUUUUUUAAUCUUCUGCCACAGUAUGUUACCAGUGUUAACCCUUCUGCAGUUAGCACACUUUUGCUUAAGAUUUUCCUGCUAGACCACUUUUUCCCAUUAUUCUGUAACCUUGGCAUACAUUUAUAGAUGAGGCCUUUUCCUUUUUCAUCUCAGUGUGUGUCCAAGUCACGUAUGUCAUAAUAAGACAAAGAUUCUCCUCUUCUUCCUCUUUCUCCUCCUCCUUUUCUUCCUCAUUUGCUUUGUUUUUCUUUUUUUUUUUUUUUUUUCCUGUUUCGUUUUGUUUUGCUUUGUUCAGUGCUUAUUAGGAUGGUAAUCCUGAGGAGCAGCAGUUCAGGAAUAAACACCAGUGAAAGCAGAAUGGUCAGCAUUAAAUCAUAUGUUAUAGUGACACCCAGCUUUUACCAGUCUCCUACAAACCAAGCAGUUUAUGCUCUGUUGAAUGUUCAGGCAUGGACCUGCCCUUUCCUGAGAGAAUGAGGCUCUGCUUUCAGCCUCGUUGUGCUCUGUGCCUCCUGGUGAGGCCAGGAUGCUCUUCCUCUGUGUACCUGGGUGUAGCCCUGGGAUGGAGCUCUGUCAUGAAUGGGCUGGUUCAGGCACAGCAGGGAAGGUAUGGAGAGGUUUUUCUAAAUGAGUUUAAUAGUCAUUAUCUCCUCCUCCAAAGGCCCAGGCUCCUUUUUGCUUGCCUGGGCCCAGUGGUGCUCCUGCAGUUCCCACUUCAUUGAUAGUGGAGAAGAAAAUCCCCUGCACCCUGCCCAUUUUUUGCCCAUUUUAAACUGUAGAAAGAUGCUGUUGAUUGGCAGCAGGUCCAGUGUCCCCUGCACUUGCCUGGGGGUGCCCCAGCUCCUGCCACAACAGGUCCCAUGUCUCAGUGCAGUGGCAGGGGUCAGGGAUGGCCCAGGUUGGAAGAUGCAGGGGGCUGUGUGCCCAGGGGUGGCAUUUCCUAAUCAGCCAGGGCAGGGAGACCUGGUGUCACAAUCCCCCACACUCAUUCAAGGCCCCGUUUCUGCCAUGCACUGAAGAGCAGCAUUGCUGGAUGCACACAAUAAAAGGAAAGCCAUACUUUCCUGCUUGGGCUAGAUAAUGUUCAUUUGAGAUGAAAGUUGGAAGCAAACCAGAUAAACCCGCAGCUGACACGAUGGGCUGAUUCUGCAGUGGUUUUACGUCACACUGGCCAUUAUUUGUGCGUCCCUGUGCCCAGGAGUGGCCUCGUCCUGCCCCGUGCCUGCAGCUCACCUCCCACAGCUCCUGGAGCUCAGGAACAGCACUAGAGGGUUUGGUUUUGGUUGGGAAAUAAAGGCUGGCCUCUCUAGGGUUAUUUAUUCAUGAUUUCACAAAUGUGUCCCUGCUGAAGGGACAGAGUUGAAGACUGCUUUAUAUUUUAUCUUUGAUGAUUGUGCUGGGUCUUUAAUUAAUUUUAACGUAAUAUUCUUGGUAGACACCAACGGAGAGGAAAUUCUGCCUAAAAAGCCAAGGGUGGUCUGGAAUCCUCACUCUCAGUCAUAUGUGGCUUCAGAGAGACUCACAGUGUUUGGAAAUGUGAUUUGAAUGUGCUCUUAUUAACCAUGCAUGGAUUGAUUUAUGGGUCUGGUCAAUGAAUUGACUUUGGAUAAAUUUGGAUAGUUUUUAAUCUUGGUUUUCAAUAUUAUUUUACUUUGUAUUAAAGCUGGAGCUUCCACGAGGAUGAGGAUUUUGCCCAUCCUGGAGCAACUGGCUGUGGAGCUGCCUCACACCCACUUGGUUUGGAUCAAAAAGCUGGGAUGGUCUGUACCUCUGUCGGGGUGUGCAACCAGGAGUGCAGAGCUCCUCCUGCACCUGCAAUAAAAUGUCACCAUCCCCAGUAAAGUAUCUCCUAGUAAUCACUGUCAGCCCCCUUCCAGAAGAUGCCUCUUUGCCUGUGAUUCCUCAAAUCCUGGCUUACCUAAGUGUAUGUUUAAUUUUAAAUCCUGUCAGCAGAGCACGUGUGCUGCUGUGGGGAGCUCAGUCUGCAGCAGGGGGCCCUGGGGUGACACCAGUCACUGCGUUCCAUCACUUACAGCUGAAAAUUUCAGCCAAGUUCGUGGUCUGGUGGCAUUUCUGCUCGGAGUGCAGUCCCUUGCCUUGUGCUUUGUUUUUAGUUUUUCCUGCUGCACUGAAGAGAACAGGUUUUUCAGGCUUCCUGAGGUCAGGGAUGCACACCCUGUGCCACAGGAAGGAACCUGUCAGGGAACACAGAGUUCAGAUGCUUUUAAAGAGAAAUCCCUGUUUGAGUGGAGCUGUGGUGGCUUGGUCUCACCACCCAGUUCUGCUGGCUCAUCUCAGCAGCUUGUGCUUCUCUCCUGGAGUGUUCUCAUCCACUUGGAACUUGCUUUCUGGAAAUGCAGAGCGUAAGCAAUUCCUUUAAAAUCAGUGGAAUGCUGUGAGGUGAGGAGGUGUCCUGAGGCCAGGGGCUGUGUCUCCAGGUGCUGAGCUGUGCCACGUGGAGCUGUGGGUGUUGUGGCACUUGGCCACCUCUGGCUCUGCUCCAGGCAGUGGAUGCAGUGCAGGGUUGGGACUGGCAGAGAGUGAGGAGUUGAGGCAGUGGCUGGCUGUGUGCUGGGCUCGCUGGCCGUGGAGUUUAACUGAAUCUUAUGGUCACACACAGUCCUCUUGCUGACCUCCUGUCUGUUUGAUCUUGAUUGAAAGAGCUCUGCUUGAGGCAGCUGUUAGCCAGGACCAACCAAACCUGCGCUUUUAGGAUUUUGUUGCUUUUUUGCCAAAGAUCAGAACAGAAACUCUACAUUCUGACCAGGACAGGCAUCAUGUCCUGCUCAUCACCUGGGGAUGUUGUACUGACAGCAUAUACAGAAGGCUCAAGCUUUGUCACAGUGCUGGUGGCACCUGCAGUAAUUUCAUUGUACCCAUUUUCUCCAUUGAUUUUACACUGAAUGCACUGAUCAGUUUUUUUAACACAUAUAAAGUGUCAGCAUGGUCUGACAUGGUAAGAAUGGAAAUUAUGUCAUUUUCUGAAUAAUAAUAUUUCAACUGAAACAUGUUUGGGAGCUGUAGGUAGAGCCAGUUGUGGAAGAGGUAAGUUGCUCUCUUGUGGAGAGGGAAACUGAGGCACAGACAGCUGCAGGAGACUGAGGGAACAGUGGCAGGGCUGAGCUGCACUGGGGUCUGACCUCUGCUUGCUGCAGAGCCCUGUGCCCGAGGCUCACUUCCUUCAGGGGCCGAGUUGGGUCAACAGAGGGAGAAUUUUAUCAGAUACGUGUUCCCCAAAUGCCUGGGAGAAACCUCCCGCCUGUGUCCUCCAUGGCUUCCAGAUGGGGGCAGCUGGACAAGAAGCCAAAGAGGGUGGGACGAGGCACAAUCUGCUCUGGAUUGUGAACAGCAGCUCCAGUGGGGCUUUGCCUUUUGCCGUGGGGAUUCUCCUGGCGCCGGAGGCUCCCACGCAGCCUCGGGGCUGGGUCGGGGGAGCCAGGACGUUCCCCAUCUCCUGGCCCUGUGCCCUGGCUCCCUCUGUUCCCUAAAACAAACCCUGUGCUUAGUCUGCAAGUUGCAGUGUCGUAGCAGACUGAGCAAAAUUCCCUUGCAUUUCAAUCGGGAGGAGUGAUCAAAUACCUCUUUGCCAAAAAAGGAUAAAAUAGGCCUCAUUUAUUAAAUAGUCUUGCAGAUUUUCUCCAGAUCACAUUCUCGUGGGGUUACUUGCCCUCUGCUGUUUGAGCAUCAGUAAGGGGCUUUAGGCUUGUUGCUUAGUCAAGGUUUUUACAGUGUCUGCGGGUGGGAGGGGGAUGAGCACCAGAAUUCUGUCACCUGGAUCACCUGGGGAAUUGUGCAGGUCCUGUGGUCUCCAUGGUCACUCUGGUCCUUGGGAACCUGGGAUUGGGACUGGACUUCCAGGCACCACCAAUAAGGCAAAAAGUUCCAGUUUUGGGAGGUGGAAGGGACGAGGUGAGCACAGCAGUGGGACGGGCACUGGGUGAGUGGGGGGACAACAAAUCAAACUGGUACAUUUGACUUUUAUUUGUUAAGCUGCAGUGUAAGGUUUUAUCAGCCAGUGGAUUCACAGCUGUUCAAGGGAUGGUGUGUAAGAGCAUAACCCAUUUUUAUAGAAUUGUUUCUUCUUUAAUGCUUAAGGCUAAUGGAGGAAAUAGUCUAAUUUUGUCUUAGAAAUUCUCUAUUAAAAUUGUUGCUUUGAGUCCAUCCGCUCAUAGGUUCUCUGACUGAUGAAACUGCAGGUUCUGAUUUCCGGCAGUUAUAACUUUAUCACUAUUCACUACCCAAGAAUAUUACAGCUUUAAAACAGCCUUAAGCAAAAGGAUAUUAUUUCUUUGUACUAAAUUUGGUUCAUGGAAAAGAAAAAAAAGAAACCUCAAAACACUGGUAAUCCGUACUGCAUUAGCAAACUCUUCUGAAAAAUGUUAUUGCACAUGUAAAAUAUGAAAACUUGACUCUGCUGUGUGUUAGGCAAUCCUGUAAUCUUUUUUUCCUUUUUUUCUUUUUUUUUUUUUUUUUUUUUUUUAAUUCUUGUUAAAUUCAUUUCCUAAAUGCUUGGUUGGAAGACUGUGACGAUAGCUCAUGAAAUUGAGUGUUAUUUUUCUUUUUUUUUUAAAUAUGUAAAGUGCAGUCUUCUGUAUUCCUGCAUAUUGUACAUAUCUGUAUAUGUUUUACUGAGCAACUAAAUAACAAUAAAUAUGAUGUUAAUGGUGGCUACUCUA